CCUCCUUCUAUACCGCUGCUCUCCCUCUUUCUCCCUGUCUACCUCUUUUUUCACGGAUGCCCCUCUCUCACUCAUGCCUUCUCCUCUUGUCACUCUUGUAGUGGACUGUACUGACAGAAAUGUGGACAAUCCUCCUCUGGCUCUUCCUUUCCCUCCAGCCCGGUUCGGCUGAAGAAGUGAUGUUGCUGGACACGACUGAAUCCACCUCUGAACUUGGCUGGACAACUUAUCCUGAUACUGGGUGGGAUGAAGUGAGUGUGCUUGACGACAAGGGCAAGCUUAUCCGUACCUUUGAGGUAUGCAAUGUCAAUCAAAACCAGCGCUUCCAUGACAACUGGUUGGCCACGCCCUUUCUGUACAGCCAUUCGGCUCCUCGGAUCUUCGUCACGUUGCACUUUUCCGUACGUGACUGCACCAGUCUACGCUCACCCUCACCGACCUGCAGGGAAACACUCACGCUCUACUACAGGCAGGCCGACUCUCAGAAAGAGCUGGAGAGGACCUGGAGCGCAGAGCCUUCCAGUGGUGAGACCAGAGAAGGUUGGAUGAAAAUUGACACCAUUGCAGCGGACAAGAGUUUUAGCCGUGUAGAACCGAGUCUUCCUCACCAGUACAAACCAGACCGGAUGCGCCGCAUCAACGUCAAGACGAGGAGCUUUGGCCCCCUGACACGUCGCGGAUUUGUGUUGGCUAUAGUAGACAGUGGAGCAUGUGUGUCACUUAUGGGUGUGUCCAUAUUUUAUCGCCGCUGUCCAGCAACAACAUUGUACCUGGCCUCCUAUGUGGCCACACCCUCAGGGGCGGAGCCUUCAGCUCUGGUGUCGGUGACUGGGACUUGUGUACCUCACAGCCAAUCACAGGGUGGGACGGCUCCCCGAAUGCACUGUAAUGCAGAGGGUGAAUGGAUGGUGCCUGUAGGAAGCUGCACAUGUGACGCAGGAUAUGAACCAAAUCACAAUGACUCUGCCUGUCUUGCCUGUCAGUUGGGCUUCUAUAAAGCCGUGUUGGGUUCGAUUUCAUGCACCGAGUGUCCAGCUAAUAGCAGAACCAGCAUGGAGGCUUCUAAAAUUUGUGAGUGCCGCAGUGGCUACUACCGGGCGCCGAAUGACGCCAACACUACAGCUUGCACUGCCCCACCCUCAGCCCCUGUGUCUCUGUCAUGGGAGUACGAGAGCUCAGAAGGAGGGGUGUCUCUACGCUGGAAGCCCCCUCUGGACCUGGGGGGUCGGAGUGAAGUGACGUAUAGUGUGGUGUGCAGAAUCUGUCCCUCGGCCACAUAUACUCACCCCAGUGCCUGCUCCUGGUGCGGAGAUUCGGUCACUUAUACUCCUUAUAAAAGUGGCCUCAGACAAACUAAAAUUACCCUCAGCAAUCUGCUUACCCGAGUCACCUAUCUCAUCCAGGUUCAGGCUAUGAACGACGUGUCUUCUCUCAGUCCAUUCCCACCGCAAUUCGCUAGCAUAAACUUCACCACCAGCCAAUCAGUACCUUCUGAGGUUCCCAUGCUGCAUCAGCUCAACAGUGCUUCAGAGUCUAUUACUCUGUCCUGGCCUCAGCCUGACCGGCCCAACGGAGACAUCCUGGAGUAUCAGCUUAGAUAUUAUGACAAGAGCUUUGAUGAAAGCAGUGCAACCAGUGUAUUCACUGAGACCAACACAGUGACCGUAGAUUCUCUGACCCCAGGCUCCAUUUACGCCUUCCAGAUUCGAGCCCGCAAUGAGAGAGGAUAUGGCCCUUACAGCAAUUCAGUUUACUUCAGCACUCUGGCUAUGGAAGAGCGGUCGAGGCAAAUUCAGAGCCGCCUGCCUCUUCUGGUGGGGUCUGUGAUGGGCGGAGCUGCAUUCCUGUUAGUUGUGGCAGCCGUCAUCAUUGUGUUUGUCUUUAGGACUAAAAGGAGAGAGAGCCAUUACAGUGACAGACUUCAGAGAUAUAUUAGCAACAGAGCUGGGGUAAAGUAUUAUGUGGAUCCUUCUACUUAUGAGGAUCCAAGCGAGGCAGUCAAAGAAUUUGCCAGAGAAAUUGACCCUGCACACAUAAAGAUUGAGGAAGUCAUUGGUGCUGCUCAAUUCGGAGAGGUGUCCAGGGGCAGGUACAGACCUCUGGGUCGUAGAGAAGUGAUGGUAGUGGUGAAGAUUCUGCGAUGGGGAGUGACAGACCGUGAAAGAGGAGUGUUCCUCAGCGAGGCUGGGAUCCUGGGUCAGUUUGAUCACCCCAAUGUGCUGAAGCUCGAGGGUGUGAUCACACACACUCCUCCUGAGCGAAUCAUUAUGGAGUAUAUGGAGAACGGCCCUCUGGAUGCUUUCCUCAGGGAAAAUGAAGACCAGUUCAGUGUGUUGCAGCUGGUGGGUAUGGUGAGAGGCAUCGGAGCGGGAAUGUGUUACCUUUCUGAAAGGAACUUUGUGCAUCGUGACCUCGCAGCUCGUAACAUUCUGGUGAACUCAAACCUGGUUUGUAAGGUCUCAGACUUUGGUCUGUCACGGCUCAUGAAGGACCUGGACCACAAUAUGCCCACCUACACUGCAUCGCUGGGUUGUAAAAUACCUAUAAGAUGGACAGCUCCUGAGGCUUUCCAGCAUCGUAAGUUUAGCUCAGCUAGUGAUGUCUGGAGCUUUGGGAUCCUCAUGUGGGAGGUGAUGUCAUAUGGAGAACGGCCUUACUGGGAUAUGAGCAACCAGGAAGUAAUGAAGGCAGUAGUUGAUCAGUAUCGUCUUCCUGCUCCUAACAGUUGCCCUCCUGUGCUACAUGCUCUGAUGCUGCAGUGUUGGCAGGCUGACAGACAGAACCGUCCCAGGUUCGACUCUAUCCUGUCAUCUCUGGACCGUCUCAUACGUCACCCUGCAUCCCUGAAGGCUGAGCAUGCUCGCCCUACCCAACCCCUGCUUAGCCCCACCUCCACAGAUCUGUCAACGGUGACGACAGUCAGUGAGUGGCUGAGAGCCCUGAGGAUGGACCGCUACAAAGAUGAGUUUGAGAGAGCACAACUAAACAGCCUUGAAAGAGUGAGCUUGCUUACUAUGGAAGACGUGCAGGAUUUGGGAGUGAACCUGUUGGGUCAUCAACGGAAGAUUGUAAAUGCAGCACAGCAGCUAAGGACUCAUCUCACUCAGGGACAGGUGGAGGUAUAGAGGACUUUGCCCUGCUUUCUUCUGGACAGUUAAAUACACAGAUGUCCAAUCCAGCCUACACAGCACCCCAAGACCUGCAACAUAGGGAGAUAAAAAAGGACGAAGUGUUAUGACAAGAAGAACUUUGUCAUUCCUCUCACACACACACACACACACACAAUGUCUAUUCUUCAUUAAUGCAGGUCACAAAAACCAAUGACAUGGUUUGACUGACUCUUUGAAUUAACUGAGCAGUUAUGAGGCUUUGGAUUGGCUUCAGAUACUCAUUCAAGACAGAUUUGUUAUCUUUCAUCAUAAUUAAGGGAUGCAAAUUGAGUCUUUUAUGUCUGUUUUAGGUAGCUUUUGUAAAAGCAAAUCAUUAUCAAAACCCAUUUAGCUCUACCAAAUUCGCAAUUAUUAGAUUUGAUGGCUAUGGCUGAAGUGGCAAAAAUACAGACUUUUGCCUAGAUAUAAUUGUGACUGUUUUUCAGGGUUUUUGUAUUGUUCAUUUUUUUUACUUAAUUUAAACCACUGUCAUGUCUAAUCUAAGACUGCAUUUAUAUGUGAUACACAGCUAUGGGUAUCAAAUGUCCGCAUGCAGAUCUCUUUUGCCAAUUUUACACACAAACAACAGUACUAUCUACAACACAGCAAAAGCUAUGCAUUUGGCCUCAAAUUACCCUUUUGCUGCAGUAAAACUCCAAGAAAUCAAGGCUUGCAUUUCAGGUUAAUUCAUUUUGUACGCAUGAUGGACAGAUUCGUGCACUGUUAGCACUAAUGUCACACGUGGGUCACUUCCACGUACAUCAGAUAUGUGCUAAAAUCAGCAUUAUGGCAUGAGGGUCUUAGGGAAUGGAAAAAUUUGGGUAUUUUUACACUGAUUUGCUUCUAAUCACAUUGCUUAUAACAGGCUGUUAUAGUGCAAACUAUAAUUUAUAAGAAUUUCUGUAAUUUUUUUACAAUAAUAUUUUACAAGAAAGCCUAUUAGUCAUUUUUUUACAAUGACAAUAAAAAAAAGGAUUCAGUGUCAGCUGUAGGCUAGUCUUUAAACAAAUGGUGUUCAGUGUUAAAACAGUAUAUCAUCAUUUGUCACUUCAUAUAAUGUACAAUUCCAUCCAAAAGUGUAUUUAAGUGUAUUGUCCCUGAGUAUUGUGUAAUGAGCAGAGUAGAGAACAAGCGUCUGUAUUACACUGAAAUUUAUGAAUAGUUAUUAGAAGUUAUUUUGUAAUUCAUGUUUCUUUUAAUGUAGCUUAUACUCCGUAAAAAGGUUUAGCACAAGUGCACUUAUUUGCCACUCUGCAGCAAAAGCUUUGCUGUAGCAUUCAUCUAACUAUUUCAGUGGAGAGUAAUGUAAUCAUUUAGCUUGUUUUAAUGGUUCCAUUAAAACAAGCUAAAUGUAAUCAUCAUGUUUCAUUAAUUAGACUCAUUUAAAUUGAACCAAAUUAUUAUUCUACGUAAAGCCAUUCCUUUAGCAAUUUCUCGAUUUCCUCCUCUUCCAGACCAGCAUACAGUAUAUGUCAUAUAUGACUUAAAAAGAGACCAUUUCUAUUUUGCGUUCUUUUCUAAUUUAAUACGUUUUAUUUAAUAUUUAUAUUUAUUUAUUUUGCAGUCGCAUGCAAUAACUGCUGCUCCUGAUUUACAUAAUAUAGAUACAGAUGAAUAUUCUGCUUAAAGUCACUGAUGCAGAGUUUCCAUUUCAGAUCCUUGAGCUGAAUGUACUAUGAUUUUAAGAGGUCCAAGGUUCAAGUCAAUGCCCCUUAACUUUCAGAUGUAAUGUGCAAAUCUAUCAGUUCAGCAGCAUAACUUGAGGUAUGCAGGCUUUCAAGAAAAAAAGAUAUGUAAGCGUUGAUUCUGAACAAUUCUUGAUGACACAGUGACUAUACAGUGUGUCCCAAAAAAAGUCUAAAUACAUAGGAGAAAUUACCAUUUUGACAAAAGAUGAGCGAAUGGAAAUCAUUCUUAUGGCUGGAUCAGAAAGCUUUGUGAAGGUUCUUAAAGCCCUUUUACAGGAAACAUGGCAAGCUUAACACUUAACACACAACACUGAUGCCAAUCUUACAAACAAAGUUUGUACAAAAGAACUGAAGUGUUGAGGACCAGCCAAGAAAUGGACGUCUACAUAUAAAUCCAUGGUCAACAUAUCCUCCUGUGUCUAGAGAGUUUUGGAACAGCAUGUAGUUUACAUUUAGCUUUGCACUCAUAUAUGCAAAGGAUUUGAGAACGUAACAGUAGCAUCAGAUUAACAUAGCAGAUUAGUCAAUAAUUCAAACAGGAUUUCUGCAUGGAUAGAAAGACAGUAGGUUUAAUAAAUCUAUCAAAGUAUUUUUUUUUUUUAGGAAACAGAAACACCAUAAUAAUCUAAAAUAGUAAGUUAUGGGGUACAUUACUACAAUUGUGGAUGCAAAAUUAUGGCAUAUAAUUAUCAAAGUAGAUGUAUAACUGUGGGGUUAUACAAGUGGAAUUAUUGUAUGGUGUCAGUGUGUUAAUGAAUUUUCCAAAAGACAUGAGGACUUUUCACACUUAACCCCGGGUUACUGACCUUCAAAAGGCCUACUUGCUCCAAAGAAGGGUUGGAACCACUUUUGUUAUGUUAACCUCACUUUGUAGUGCCAAAUGCGUACAGUGUGAAACCUGCAGUGUUAGAAUAUUAUGCCUACAGUAGAUGCUUAGCAACAAUUUAAGAGACAAGCCUUUAUUUAAAGCAUUCAUGUGCUGUAUUUAUCCAAUCAUGCUUGUUAACGCAACAAAAAUGAAUAUUAGAACGUUAACACACCUAUAGCACAAAUAAGAAUGUUAAAGCUCUAUAUAGUGCAAAUAUAGAUAUAUAUUAUAUCUAGAGUUAAUGUAUAUGCCUUAUACCUGCAGUAUAUUUUCUCUUUGUUGUCUGUUUCCAUUAUAACCUGUCACAUACUGAUAGUUGCCAGUUAAAUCAUGGUAAAACUAAGCACUCCACUGCUAAUCAGGACGUUUUUUACUGCAUAUUUUGAACUAAAGUAAAAGCAUUAAAGAGCAUUAACUUGUGUUGCAGAAGAACAUAAAGCUUUCUGUCCCAGAGCUCGGCCAAACCACAAGAGACUUCCCAGAUCUAGUGCUCUGUCCAAAUCACGGCAUAUUCGUGUAUUACACAAGUCACCACCUGUUUUAUCACCUGCUUUAUUCUGCUUGUAACGUCACACUGUAACACUGUACACAUCAAACGAGUCAAUGUUUUAGUUCAUGAGACUUCUGAUCAGUGAAAGAAACGAGAACAAUGCUUUUUGUUCACACUUGUGUUUCGUGUGUGUGUGUGAGUGAGUGUGUUUCCGUAGCAGCACCUGAGUUUGUAUAGUUUGCUAUUGU